AUGCAUUGUACAGGUAGGGGUCCGGUUGUCGCCGCCAGCUGCGGCCCGCAACGAUUUGUCCAGCUCCACUUUGCUGACACCAAAGCACGAGCACGCGCAGCGCGCAGCCAGAUGUCACUUGCAUCCCUUUUCCGCGACUUGCCCUUAACACGUGUCCAGCGCAGGGGCCAAGUGGACGGCUGUCGCGGCCUCCAUUCGCUGCCUCCGCCGGUCAAUCCCCAUACAGUACUCGCCCGCCGCACUCGGCACCGGCCCGUGUGCGUCCACAGUGUGGACUCCACACGCCCAAGAGGCCCUCCUCACAAUCUAAGCCCUACAACGCCCUCCCACCACACCCCCACCACACUGACAUCUUUGACCUCUUACAACCACGCAUCGCGCUCAAUCCGCACCCGGCCCCUUCCGUCCACCUGCACUGCCAUGUCGAGCUACCUGCCCUCCUUCCGGCGCGCGCCUUCCGCGCCUGUAGACGACGCCCCGCUGAGCUCGCUCCCUGCCUGCGAGCUCACGCCUCUGACGCGUCUGGAGGCGGCUCUGCACGCGGACAUCUUCGCGCCCACGUCCACGCUCCUCCACCCGGGCGACCCGUGGCGCGCCCUCGCGCCGCCCAACCGCCGCGCCCUCGCGCUGCGCUUCCUGCGCUUCCACCUGCUGCAGGAGGCCGCCGCGCUGGAGCACGCGCGCCGCGUCGCCGCGUGGCGCGCCGCCGACCGCCCGUGGGAGCGCCCGCUCAAGGCCAUGGCCGGCCCCGCCGCAGGCCUGCCCGUGCUCCCGCUGCACGCCCCCGGCAGAAACGGAGACGUCCUCGUGUACUCCGCGGCGCGCGCGUACAUCAGGGCACAGGUCAACCACGCCGCCCAGGAGGAGGCCGUGAAGACCUUUUUUGAAUCCACGUUUUAUGCGCAGGGCGCGCAAACAGGCCUGUCGGCCGUCGUCGUGCUUGACUUUCAUGGCAUGAGUAUGAGCAAUGUUGACUUGGUUGGGACGAAGAAUGGCAUUAGAAUCUUUGCCGACUUUUAUCCGGACGUUUUUAGCAAGGUCUUGGUUGUCAACUAUGCUAGAUGGCUGCACGGAACCUGGAAGUGCAUCGCGCAGCUGUUGGACGCGAGGACAGUGCGAAAGGUCAUGUUUUUGAGUGACACCAACCAGAUGCGAGAGGAGCUAUCGAAGUCCUUUGCGAAGGCUGAUAUUCCCCGCUGGCUCGGCGGUGACGCCGGUGACGGCGCCUUGCAGUUAUAUUGCGGCGCCACAAUCGACCCCGACGAAGUUGCAAAAACAAUGCAGGCCAAAAGUUGAUGCUACACACAGAACGCAAUCG